UUCUUUUUCGCGCUGGAAAUCUCGCGAUGGAAGGAGGAGGAGGAGGUACACCCCCAGAAACACUUAAAGAAGAAAGUCAGUCAGGAUAUGCUCCACCUACAAGUGUUGAAGCCAGCGGUGUGAAGAAGAGCAGUUGGGGCUUCUUCUUUACUGGGAUUGUUGGUGGGACCCUGGUGGCUGUGUACGCCGUGGCCACUCCAUUUAUAACACCAGCCCUCCGAAAAAUUUGCUUGCCUUUUGUACCUGCAACAACACAGCAGAUUGAAAAUGUUGUGAAAAUGCUGCGAAGCAGAAGAGGACCUCUGGUGGACAUUGGUAGUGGUGACGGACGGAUUGUGAUAGCAGCUGCAAAGGAAGGAUUCACAGCUGUUGGUUAUGAAUUAAACCCAUGGCUAGUUUGGUACUCCAGGUACCGCGCUUGGCGAGAAGGGGUACAGCACUUGGCCAAAUUCUAUAUUUCAGACUUAUGGAAGGUUACUUUUUCACAGUACUCAAAUGUUGUUAUUUUUGGAGUGCCUCAGAUGAUGCCGCAGUUGGAGAAGAAACUUGAGCUUGAGCUUCCGGAUGAUGCUAGAGUCAUCGCUUGCCGGUUCCCUUUCCCACACUGGACCCCAGACCAGAUCACUGGAGAGGGGAUAGACACUGUGUGGGCGUAUGACAUGAGCACUUUUAGAGGGAUUGAAAAGAGGCCCUGAAGGCUGAUGCAUUUUCAGUCAGUCAUUUCAACAUGAAAUUUAUUGAGAGUCUUUUUCUGCAGUGUUGGUGAUCUUUGAUUUUACAGAGACUUAACAGCUGUGUGUUUAGCAGAGAAUACACUUUUGUUUGACAUGGCAUGAGAGACUACUGUUACUUUCCUUAAUUGUUGGAGAAAACAAGUUAAGAACAGCUGGUAGCUUUAAAGUCCCGUUUCGUGGUAUAUUCUAAAAAUUGUGCUUACUGCUUUUCACGUCCUUGGAUGUGUGAAAAUAUAAAUAAGUGAUGGAUGUUGGUGGGUGGGAAAGAGGUUGGCAGCUCUUCACAUUUUGAAGAAUAUGAUUUAAUGCCACAGAUAAGAAACAAUUUCAAAAAGACGCAUAUUAA